AAUUGUCAAACAUAUCGCACCUCAUCUAUUAUAAAGGCCCAAACCAAAAUUGUUUUUUCGGGAAAAAAUAGAAGAAGAUUACCGGCUUUUCUCGUUCUAAGGACUUUUCGUGGCGUCUUAUAUCUUUGUCUUCACCUGAUAUUUUCUUGUCAGCCGUGCGGAUAUUUGCUUCCACUUUUAUAUACUUAAAAAUCUUAUUUUUACAUCGUUAAUAGUAAAUAUUCUUAACAUUGACCAUAUUUCCAAGCGUUUAUUACUUUUUCGAACAAAAUAAUAUUAUAGUCAACAUGUUCCCAUCUAAGUAAUUGUUUCAAACAGUUACAUAUAUUUAUAACUUAGUAUUAUGUAUUUAUUUCAUUGGAUAUGCAUUUGAAUAUUAGACAUCUUCAUAUAUUCAAAGAUUAACUAGUUCAUUUGAGUUAGUUUGUAUUUAACACAUAUAUUAUUUAAAAAUUAUAAGUGAUAAUUUAAUAUAAUAGUUUAAAUUAUAUGGUUAUGAAGAAUAUUAUUACUUAGCUAGAUUAUAUAAAGUAGGGUUAGGUAAAAAACCGAGUCCGAAGAACCAACCUAAUCCGUUCCGAAUCCGAACCAAAAUUGGUUAAAUAUCCGAACAUAAAAUUUUGGUUUGUAGAGAAACGGAACUGAACCCGACAUGAACUGAAGUAUUUCAAGUACCAAAAUCCAAAAUAGAAUUAUAUACCUAAAUAUGUUAAUUAAUGUAGAUUUAAUAUAUAAAAAUAUCCAAAAUAUAUUAGAUAUUUAAAAAUGUCUAAAAUAAUUGAAAAUAUAUACAAAUAUUCAAAAAUAAAUGUAUAAAAUAGCUGAAAAAUACUCAAAAUACCAAAAAGACUUAAAAUAUUUAUUGAUUGUCUAUUCAAAUAUUCAAGCCAACCCAAUUUAUAUGUUAAGUUUAUAAAUUUAAAGUAUAUUAUGCAUUUAAAUUUUUUAAAAAUAAUUUAAAUGGGUUAUUCGAACCUGCAAAAAUCCGAAUAGAAGCCAAGCAAAAUUUUAUAAGUAUCUGAAUGGGCCAGAAUUUUUAAUUUCGAAACCCGAAAAGAUUGGAACCAAAUUUGAUUUGACACCCGAAUGCCAACCCUUAUAAUGUAUUGCCUAAAUCAAUUUAUAGUUAUGAAGAAUAUUAUGUAUUUAAUUAACUUGUGUUUGAUUCAAACGAAUUUUCAGUUUAUAGUGAUUUGUGGUCAUAUUUUGGAUUGUCAAGAUUAGUUAUGAUGCUAGCAUAAAAAUAGGUAAAUUAUUCUGAAUGUUAUUGAUUUAGGAAAAUACAAAGUUAUCUCCCCACCGUUUUUUUUUGUCAAUCUGUUUUCAUUAAAUUUUAAAGCCCAAAAGCUUAGUACAUAAAGAUUGAUGACAUACAGCCCAAAAAAGUUCAAACACGUGAGCAAGGAUGAUUCUACAAACAAAACACGUGUAGUAUUGCAAAAGAAAAUUUCACACGUGACUUCUGAUGAAAGAAGAUGAAUUGCCCAAAAAAAGAAUUGUGUGUAGCCGGUAAACGUCGUUGCCCUCCGGUCAUCUUCUCCGAUUACCGUCACCAAUCUUCAAUUGCUUAGAGCUCCAGAAAACAGCCGUGAACAUCAACCCCACCUCCUUUACUAAAUGUCACUUUAUUUAGAGACGCCAUCAAAGACCCCUAAUCUACUUUUCUGAAGCUAGAAUUACCAUAUCGAUCCCUAACAUCUCGAUUUGAUCAACAUGGGAAAACUUACACUAAAAUCCGAGAUUCACAUCCGUGUAUAAUCUCAAUCAAUCAUAAUCAAAGAAAAUCGUGAUCCUUUAAAGAUCUAGUAAUUGUAAAGAGAUGCAAAAGUAGAAGAGAACAUCGGCAAGACGAAAAACGGAAUUCGCGAUUGAACAUGAUAAUCCCAUUAAACGGAAUUCGCUAUCAUUCUCUCUCUGUCGAUUAUACAUAUACACUGACGAAAAAAACUGGUUAUGUCGAUUUAAGUUUGCUGGUUUUGUCAAGUUAUAAAACGACGGUGAAUACACUCCAUUGUACCGAACGGGAUUGGUUAAUGUUUAUUUGGUGUAGGAAAUAGGUUAAAGAAACUGUAAACUGCAGUGUUUUGUUUAGUGGCAUUCCCUUGUAAUUAUUGAAAAAAAUUCAGGGCUAAUUACUAUUUGUGCUUAUGUUUUAAUAGUUUAGAUGAAUUACCAAAUAUUAUAAUUUUAAAUGACUUAUCAUAUAAUAAUGUUAAUUCAUCUGUUUAUAUUAAUAGAUGAAUUAAAUAAAAUUUUUUUGAUUAAUAUACGUUUUAAUAACUUACCACAAAAAAUUAUGUUUUAAAAUAUAUAUAUAUUUUAAUCAUUUUUAAAAGUGAUAACGCAUAUAUGAUAUCACAUUGUCAUUGAAAAAUGAUUGGAAUUUUUUAAAAUUGUUUCUGUAGUAUAAUAUGUAUAUAAUGAAUGAGUGUUAAUUAAUAUUAUUAAGUUUAGAUUAAUUAGUUUUCUAAAAUCUAUAAUUUAUUUUGUUCACUACUAAUAUAAACGUAAUAAAAACGUUUUUAUAAUUGUUUCUAUAGUAUAAUAUGUAUUUAUAUGUAUCUUAUCAAUUUAUCUAAUGUAAUCUAGAUAUUUAUUUAUUUCUAUAAACAAAUUAUGUUAAUUCAUCUAUAUUUAAGAUGCUUAAUUGUAUGUUUGGAAACAUAUAUUAGAUUAUGUAAUUCUAUGAAUAGUUUCCGUUUUAAAGCUUUAAUUAAAUAAAUCAAAAAUGAAAAACCAGCAACCAAUCAAAUUAUAACAAUUAAUUAGAUCUUUUUUUUAUGAGCGAUACGACAACAUAAAUCACUAAAGUGACUUCACUUCUCAGUUAAUAUAUAGGAAAAUUAAUUAGAUAGUUCUUCUAUGAGCGACACGUCAUCGUAAAUCACUAAAGUUUUGUUGUACUUUCCUAACAAAAAAAAAUCACAACAUUCAGAAAAGCCUUAUGCAUACGCUAUGUAAAAGAGCAAGUGUAUUUUCAAAUGUUUUUGUUCUUAUCCAUUAUGUAGAGUUUUUCAUAUCCAUGAAUAAUCAGAUAUGAAUAUUUCAUAACCAUAUACAAACGUUGAAUCCUCUGAACCUUGAAAGGUAUAUAUAGAAUUUAAAUCAUUCAAAAUGCAAUCCUUGCGUAAUCACGCGUUAUGAUAUUUUCUUAUAAAGGCCAAAACACAUACGGUCCACUGAACCAUAAAAGCUGUAUCAACUACAAUUAUGGGGAAAAUUUGAAAAGAAUAAUUUUUUGCAGAAGUGUUAAGAAAUAUGAAUUUAAUAAACUUCUAUAAACCUAUAUAUUCAAACGUUUGAAAAAAAUAUUUCUACGAUGAUAUGAUCAUCUUUUUGACUAUUUUCUUGACCAGUGUGUAAUGACUUUUUUUUUUUAACCCUAGUGUUCACUCUCUUAUAUAAACUACUCAACGCUUAGUUCACUUCUCAUCCUCUCUAUCAUUUUUUCUCUGAUCUCUAAAACACAAACUCCAUCUUGUCCCUAUGUCUUCCACCAGAGAGAAAGGCCUCAUCGUGAGCUUCGGCGAGAUGCUCAUUGACUUCGUCCCCACCGAAUCCGGCGUCUCCCUCGCUGAGUCCCCAGGGUUUCUCAAAGCUCCCGGCGGUGCUCCGGCCAACGUCGCCAUUGCAGUCACGCGUCUCGGAGGUCGCUCCGCCUUCGUUGGUAAGCUUGGUGGUGAUGAGUUUGGCCAUAUGCUUGCAGGAAUCUUGAGGGAGAACGGUGUUGAUGAUACGGGGGUCAGCUUCGACAAGGGAGCGAGGACCGCACUCGCUUUCGUCACGUUGCGUUCCGACGGAGAAAGAGAGUUUAUGUUCUACCGGAACCCGAGUGCCGACAUGCUUCUUCGGCCAGACGAACUUAAUCUCGAACUAAUCAGAUCUGCCAAAGUGUUUCACUAUGGAUCAAUUAGUUUGAUAACGGAGCCGUGUAGGUCAGCUCACUUGAAGGCAAUGGAAGUUGCCAAAGAGGCAGGAGCUCUUCUUUCCUACGACCCUAACCUAAGGGAACCUCUUUGGCCAUCUCCUGAAGAGGCUAGGAAACAGAUCAUGAGCGUUUGGGACAAGGCUGAGAUCAUUAAGGUCAGCGACGUGGAGCUUGAGUUCCUUACGGAAAACAAAACGAUUGAUGAUGAGUCAGCCAUGUCUCUAUGGCAUCCCAAUUUGAAGCUCUUGCUUGUUACCCUCGGCGAAGAUGGAUGUCGUUACUACACUAAGAAAUUCCAUGGAGCUGUUCAAACUUUUAAUGUGAACGCCGUGGAUACUACCGGAGCUGGAGAUUCCUUCGUAGGCGCGUUUCUAAGCAAGAUUGUCGAUGAUCAAUCUGUACUCGAGGAGGAAAAGAAACUGAGGAAAGUGCUGAGGUUUGCAAACGCUUGUGGAGCCAUCACGACCACAAAGAAAGGAGCCAUUCCAGCUCUUCCUUCAGACAGUGAAGCUCUCAGCUUUAUUAAAGACAACCAGAGACGUAGUAACAACCCUUUUAAGUCCAAAAAAUUGCGCUUCUUAUAUUGUAGUAAUUGCUCAUGAUUCUCAUAAUCUUAUUUAAGAUAAAAAGAAAAUCUCAAUGUUUUAUCUUUUCUGUUUGUAUCCUUCAUCUCUUGCUAAUAGAAGAAGAAAAAGAGUUUUUUUUUUUUGCCUGAGCCAUGUACUUUCCAACUUGUUCCUGUUUUGUUUCCACAUGUUUCUAUGUGAUCAAGAAGAGAACAGCUUCCGUGUUGGCUACGUCAGCUGCCUUCAUUCGAGUUUGUAGCAGAUUCCUUGUUCAAGAGGUAUAUGAACAAACUCAAACAAAAAAAAAUCUUAUAGAGA